AUGAAGCCGAUGAUUCUGAAAGUUGGUGUUGCUCUUUUCUUAUCAGCAACUGGUUUGAUCCUGGCCAGGCUCGAGUCUCGGAAAGAAGAUAAUGAAGUAACUUCUAAUGCAAGCAAUGGAGAGUCUUCUUCAUCACCUAGUAGAAGAAACGAUGGAGAAGAAGAAACAGAGAACCAAGUUCAUCAGAAGGAAGAGAUUCUCAGAUUAAAAUCCAGAUUCGAGGAGCUUCAGAGGAAAGAAUACGAGAUGGAGCUGCGUUUCGAACGGUAUUGUAAUUAA